GAAGUCAAAGGUAACACUUUUUUCUUCUCUUCUUUUCACUCCAAUAACCUUUCCAUUCGUCAUUCUCAGCUUUUAUGUGUGGAUUUUCCGUUAGCUAUCUUAUUAUUGCGCCUUCCAUCUUUUGUGUAUACACUAAUGGGGAAAAUGAUAUUUUCCCCUACGGGUAUUGGAGCGGUUAAUUUUUCCCAAAUCAAAUAUUUUUGUUCAGGUGCUCUGUUCUACCAGAUUCAGGCAGUGCAAUCCCAAGAUAGUCAUUGUGGAAGCCAUGGUUCUUGAAUCCAUUUUAUCUGCUCCUCCUAUGAGGUCACCAUCUUUCAAGAGGCAGUUUACAAAGUAUGAACUGGGUAGUUGGUCAACACUCUUUAAGAGGCACCGCUUCCUCUUAUCUGCACUUGCUCUACUAACUAUCCUCUGUACCAUUUAUUUAUAUUUUGCGGUUACAUUAGGGGCAAAUGACUCCUGCUAUGGGUUGAGUGGACCUCAGAAAGCUUCCUGUCACAUGGAGCAAGUUAAGGCUUCUGUAACCAAGGGUAAACUGAAAAGUAUGAGACAUUUCUGAUUUCAGUACAAGUUAUUCUCGACAGUCUUUGUCUUUUCCUUUAGGUGACAUGAAUCCGAAAUAUAUUUUUUGGUUCAGUGUUGGUAUUCUAUGUAUUAUUAUGUAUUCAUACUGUUUAUCUUAGUAUUUGUUAGCCAAAAUGUACAUUGCAUGUAGAAAGCAAUUUCUUAAUUGCUAAUUUUGCGGCUGCUUUCUCGUCGUGGUUAGCAUAAGAUCGCUGAGCAUUCAAGCAGCCCAAAUCAAGUUUGAGUUUGUACAAUGUUGGCUAAAUCAAAACUUCUGAUUUCUCAUUUGUGUAAUACGGUUGUUUCAAGUUUAAAUAUGGACCUUUUCAUGUUGGGU